GAUAUCAACUUUACGUAUCCGCGAAACUUUUAUUUUAAUCAAUUAGGUAGUACUAUUUAACAUCCAUAGAAUUAUCGUAGUGCUGAUUAUCUUUGUGUUUCAUUAAAAACAAUUGAUUGGUCUACUACUGAUUUACAUUUCAAAACGACCUGCAUUUACCGUUGGAAUACCGGCAUCCGAAACCAGACGAAAUAACAAGUUUUCGGGUCUGUAACUUACGUUUCAUGACCUUGGCACUUAUCAUUAUCACAUAUUACCAUAUCGUAUUACUUUAAAGUCAACAUUUUCUAUAAUUUGAUUGCGAGUGAUAUACAAUUUAUUCAGUUAGUACAUACAUAACAGUUUUAAUUCAACCGUUAUCAUGGCUGGUGGGGUAUUCUUCAAAUCAGGAAAAUUCGCGCUGAGCUCAGUACAAUGUACAAAGAGACUUGUGUCCCGUACAUUUACAACUCAGCUGACAGAACAGCAGCAGUCUAUACAGGAAUUGGCAAGGAACUUCGCCGACAAGCACUUGAAGCCACAUGCAGGUGCACUUGAUCGGGCUGGACUGUUCCCCUUUGAACCGAUACAGAAGUUAACCAACCUAGGUCUGAUGGGUACAUCGGUGGAUGACGAACACGGAGGCUUGGGUUUGGACUACCUGUCCCUAGCUCUGGUAGUUGAGGAGAUAUCUCGGGGUUGUGCCAGUACCGGGAUGAUCCUGUCCAUUCAUAACUUUCUCUAUGCUAACUUGGUGAAUGAAAAGGGCACUGAAGAACAAAAGGAACUGUUUCUGAAGAAAUUUACUAGAGGAGCCAUCGGGUGUUUUGCUUUGAGUGAGCCUGGUGCUGGCAGCGACGCGGCCAACAUUAAGACGACAGCGACUGCGGACGGCGACUACUGGGUGCUGAACGGCCGUAAGAGCUGGGUGACGUCAUCCAUCGAAGGCUCCGCGGCCGUCGUCUUCGCCACCUUCGACCCAGAGCUGCGGCAUAAGGGCAUCGCCUGUUUCCUGGUACCCCUGGACACAGAAGGCGUGUUCCGAGGCAACAAAGAACCGAUCAUCGGAGUCAGCGUGUGCGACAGGGCGGCGACGGCAUGUGACGUCACGCUGUCUGACGUCAGGAUCCCGCGGGGCUACAUGGUGGGGCAGCAGGGGGAGGGUUUCAAGAUCGCCAUGGAGCAGCUCGAUCAAGGCCGGAUUGGUAUCGCCGCCCAUGCUGUUGGUAUUGCGCAAGCGGCUUUGGACACGGCCAUGAACUACGCCAAACAAAGAGAGGCUUUCGGUAAAUCACUCACCAGACUGGCUUCCGUCAAGGACCGGCUAACAGAGAUGUGUAUGCUAGUCGAGACAGCCCGCCUGUUGACCUACCGGGCAGCAACAGACGUCAGCACCAAGAACAGUGCUAUGGCAAAAUAUGUCGCCGGAAGGAACGCUAACGCAGUCGCGGACCAUUGCGUACAGAUCCUCGGAGGUCGAGGGCUGUCUACUAAAUACUCCGCCGAGAGACACUUCAGGGACGCGCGAGGGACACAGGUCUAUGGCGGCGUAACUGACAUACAAAAACGUCUAGUCGGCCACUACCUGCUCAAAGAACACGACGCUCUGUGACCACUCUGCAACGAUACUAGUCUAUGAAGGUGAGGUGGAGAGUCCGAUCAUAAAUUACACUAGUAAUUUACUAAUAAUAAGAAUUACCAGAGCUACUUUUCAAAUAUAUUGAACAGUAGCUUUGUAUAAGCCUAAUGCGUGCGAAGGAGGUAGACUGAAAUAGAUGAUUUUAGACAGUUCAUAACGGCGGUAUAGCCCGACAAGGAACUUUUGGCACAUGGCCUUAAACGUUUUUUUCUUUUUGGUUAUUUUUGCCCGUACUGGGCAGGCAACGUAGCCCGUACAGCCAUGUCUCGUAUGUAAAGCCAACGCGCCGCAUCGUAUAAAAAUGUAAUUUUUUUCGGUUCCCUCGACUCGUCAGUGCCAAAGUUCCGUGAAAGUAAUAUUUUAGUUAUGUAUAAGUUGGUAUAACUUUAAUGUGAAUACCACCAUUUUUAGUUUGUGUUCACAAGUAAAUAAUUGAUAAUAUUUUUUCUGUUUAUUUCUUUCGUCUAUAAAAACUGACAAUUGUCUGCAAUGAUAUUGUGAUCCUACGUACAGUAAGCGCCACGAUACAAGCCCUGCGGGUUAUAAUGGAACUAACAGACAAGUCAACAAAAAAAAAACAAAGUCAACAAUAAUUGGGUAGUUUCCUAGGUCAAAAAUAAAUUAUGAAAUCCUUAUUACUAAAUAAAAACAGAUCUGAAACUGACAAAAAAAACUAUUUAACUUAUUUAUGAAUUUUUAUAAGCGCCACUUUUUGUCACGUUUAUCUAUGACGUCACAGGUUGCUUUUUUAUACAAAUUCCAUAGUAAUUUCGUGUUUUGACGUUUAGUAAAAAGUAAGUGAUUUGACUAGUUGGAAACUACCCUAUUCUACUGCAACACUAGCGGUGUGGCCGUGGGAUUUGUUUCGUGGCGCGAACUCUAUUUUUAUUAUAAUUUUAUUUGACAGCUGUCAAAAUGUAUUUCUAUAUAUGUCUUUCUGCUUGUCUUCCACUGUAUAUUUACUUUAUCAAUAAAUUUAGAUAAUUUCUAUGAGCUUAGUAGUUUAGGAUAUUAUCAAAAAUUACUGCCAUAUGUACUUUAAGCUAACUGCGUAAUGUAGAAGUAUUUAGUUAAGACUUUGGACGUACCAAUUGGCCAGUAAGUAUUUUUUAAAUGCUAUAGAGUUUACAUCGUAUCGAUAUUGGAAUAAAAAAUACUGUUAAGCUAAGUAUUGACUAUGUCCUAAAGAGAAUAUUAGCGUCGUCUCCACUUGGAGACAUUUGUCGAACGACAUGUGUCCCCGCAGACAUCGGGCGCACACAACUUGAUGUCGAGAGCGUCAUAGAUUAAAAAAUAAGGUUGUUUUUCCUCCAAUGUUGUGCCACCAGACUGCGUAGCGAGGAACGUGUUUGCUAAGAAUCAUACAUAACCUUCCUCAGCUCCUAUGAAUCGAUUUUAUUGGUUCUUAACAAACGCAUCUUUUGCUACGUAUCCUCGCUCGUCUUUGGUGGAAACGCAGGUUAAUACCUGUAGAACGGUAACUCCGCCCCGCACCAAUUCGUAUAGGGCGCCAACGUCACCCCCUCUGGGUAAGGGGGAGAGCAGUCCGUUUGUCUCGCUCGCACUUACGCGUUGGCGGCACACGGUAAGAACGAGAUGUUUGUAUGGACUGUCCGGGGUGUGGCGACGUCUGCCGGCGUCGUGAGUUACAAGCGACACAUAUUUGGCCGACGUUGAAAAGUCGAUUCUUUAGUCUAUGGGUGGUAUUAAUAAACUAAUCUCAGCUGAUGCCCUCAAGAUCAUGUUUUUAUAAGUACUGUCACAUUGGCAUGAUCUUGAGGGCAGUGUCGAAGCCAAGAUUAGUUUAUUAAUGCCACCAUAAAAGUCUGACUAGCGUUUGUUAAACUAUAAGCGUAAAAUGUACUUAUAACUUGUCACAAACAAAAACAUUCCUUUUUACGAAUGUUUUGUUAAGCGGUUUAUAAAACCAUUGAAUUUAUACAGGGAUUUUGAUUUUGGCACGAAAAUUGUUCUUUUUAAGGUCUAGAAUGCUGUAAGCUAUUCAGAUAUAAUCUACUUUUAAUUUUUUUUCUAUAAUCUUUAUAAAAUAUUUCAUUAUUUUUUGAAAUACCUAAACUUAAUAAUAUAAUUUAAAUGUGCUUAUUUAUGUCUUUAAAUGAUAUAAUUGUGACAAUAAUACAAGAUAUUCAGAUCAAUGUAUUAAGGCUUACUAAUUAAGAAAAUGUGCUAUACAAGAGCGAAAUAUAUAUACAUUGUUAUUAAUUAUUGAAUAAAGAUAUAUUUUAUA